AUGCUGAAGCAUGGCGUCGUUCGCCAGGGCAUUCGUCGGUGCGCCAGGUCGUAUCUGUCUAGAAGAGGGUAUGCGUCGGUGACAGAUUUGGAGAGUUAUCCCAAGCCUGGAGAGAGCAUACAUGGAUUCACGCUGAGAGAAAUAAAGCAUGUGCCGGAGUUACACUUGACGGCGUUGAGGUUGGAGCAUGACAAGACUGGCGCAGAGUAUCUCCAUGUCGCUCGGGACGACAAGAACAAUGUCUUCGCCAUCAAUUUCAAAACAAAUCCUACCGACAGAACAGGUCUGCCUCAUAUCCUCGAGCAUGUUACGCUGUGUGGGAGCGAAAAGUAUCCCGUGAGGGAUCCCUUCUUCAAGAUGAUGCCGAGAUCACUGGCAAAUUUCAUGAAUGCAUUUACAUCUUCCGACUACACCUCAUAUCCGUUUGCCACGACAAAUCUUCAAGAUUACAAGAAUCUCUCCUCGGUAUAUAUGGACGCAACUCUCCACCCGCUGUUGAAACGUACAGACUUCUUGCAAGAAGGAUGGCGGCUUGGUCCCGAAGAUCCCCGAGCGCCACCAACAGAGGACAAUAUCAAGUUUAAAGGAGUUGUCUAUAACGAGAUGAAAGGGCAAAUGUCCGAUGCUAGCUACCUUUUCUACAUCAGAUUUAGAGAACACCUCAUACCCUCGCUACACAAUUCUGGUGGUGAUCCCGAAGUCAUGACCCAGCUCACGCACGAUCAACUCGUCGACUUCUCUCACAAGCACUACCAUCCCAGCAACGCAAAGAUAUUCUCUUACGGCAGUCUAAGCCUAGCCGAGCAGCUACACUAUGUCAACGAGACUAUAUCCAAAUUCGAAAAGGCCGCACCGGAUUCGGAGAUAAAGAUGCCAAUCAGUUUCUCGGACGGUCCCCUCUCUUUCGAAGUGAUUGGUCCGGUCGAUACAAUGCAACCCCCUGAUCGGCAAUUCAAGUCUUCCGUAUCCUGGAUGGGUUGUCCCUCUUCGGAUAUAGUCGAGACUUUCUGUGUGAGCAUAAUGAUGUCGUUGCUCAUGAACGGUUACGGCUCUCCUCUGUACCAAGGACUGAUCGAGUCGGGCUUGGGUACCAAUUUCAGCCCGAAUUCUGGAUACGAUGCCUCUGCAAGGGUUGGAGUACUCUCGAUCGGGCUAGAUGGUAUGAAAGCUGAAAAUAUUGUGGGGUUGAAACAGACCAUUCAGGCAAUUUUGCAAGACAAAGCCCACGAAGCAUUUCAGCCAAACAAGAUCGAAGGCUACAUGCAUCAACUAGAGCUUUCACUGAAACACAAAACGGCCAACUUUGGAAUGGGCUUAUUGGAAAAAACUCUUCCUGGGUGGUUCAAUGGAGUCAACCCGAUGGACUCGCUGGCAUGGAACGAGAUCAUCGACGCCUUCAAACAACGGAUGAAAGACGAGAAAUAUCUUGAUCGACUUGUACAAAAGUAUAUCUUGAAUAACAACUGCAUGCAAUUCACAAUGACUCCUUCAGAUUCUUACGGUGUCACCUUAGACACACGAGAAGAAGAGCGAAGAAAGAACAUCCUAGACACCAUCAAGAAGACCGCCAGCUCACCCGAAGCCGCCAUAUCUGAGCUCGCUCAACAGGAACUUGAGCUCGUGAAGGAACAAGAAAACGCCCAAGACAAGAAUUUGGAUACCCUCCCGACUCUCCGCGUCAGUGACAUUGCCCGGGAAAAGGAGAGAAAACCACGGUACCAUUUGAAAGUUGGUGAUGUGGAUUGCUUAUGGCGUGAAACCGAGACGAACGGCAUCACAUAUUUCCAGGCAAAGUAUCUUCUAAAGAACCUUCCUAAUGAGCUGAGGCUCCUGCUGCCGCUGUUUACGGAUUCACUGAUGCGGCUGGGCACAAGCACAAUGUCUGUAGGAGACCUCGAAGCCGAGAUUCUUCUGAAGACUGGCGGCAUCACGAUCUCAUCAUUUGCGGCGCCCGAUCCGUGGAGCUUGGACAAAUGCAACGAGGGCCUCUUGAUUGACGGCUAUGCGCUCGAUAGGAAUGUUCCGGCAAUGCUUGACCUCAUCCGUACGCUGCUAUUAGACAUUGACUUCACAAGUCCGGGAGCUAUCGCUGCGAUUCGAGAGCUGCUGGAAUCUAAGGCUUCGGGUGCAUUGGACGCAGUUGCAGAAAGCGGUCACCACUUCGCCCUAACGAGCGCUUCUGCUGCUCUGACGGAAAGAGGGCGGAUUCAAGAUCAGCUUUCUGGUCUCUCACAAAUAGAAUCUACCGCUCGGAUACUAGAAGCAGCCAGACGAAAUCCAGAGAGCUUAGAGCAGGUUAUCCAGAAGCUGCGGACCAUUCAAUCAAUAGCCGUCGCCAACUCAGCCGAUUUGUCAAUGCGUGUUGUAUGUGAACCAGAUUCAGUCAAGGAGAAUCGAGAUCUCAUCCAGAAAUUUCUUGCGCAACUGCCACAGAGGCAGUCAUCAGCGAGCAGUCCAGCUCUGCGGAAUGCUGUACCAGGCUCGUCAUUGUCGAGGCGGGCAUUCUUCGACUUGCCAUUUCAGGUCUCCUAUACAGGAACAUGCCUGCAAACUGCACCCUAUAACUCGCCCGACAAAGCACCACUCACGGUUCUUGGUCAGCUCCUGGUCCACAACUUUCUCCACCCUGAGGUCCGAGAAAAAGGGGGCGCAUAUGGUGCAUCGGCGAGCGCAAGUCCCAUCAGUGGACUAUUUACCAUGUCUUCAUAUCGCGAUCCCAAUCCCCGCACCUCGUUAAGCGUGUUCGAGCGCGCGGGUGUGUAUGCCCGCGACAAGGAUUGGAGCGGUCGAGAACUUGAAGAGAGCAAAUUAAGCAUCUUUCAAGGCAUUGACGCCCCCAGAAGCGUGAGCAGUGAAGCCAGUAAGGAGUUCAUGUACGGCAUCACCGAGUACAUGGACCAGGAGAUGCGCGAGCGCUUACUGGGAGUCACAAAGGAGGCUGUUCAAAGGGUCGCCCAGAAGUAUCUCGUGGAGGUCCCUUCGGAUCUGAGGUCCUUGUGUGUCCUUGGGGAGAAGAAAGACUGGGUCGAGCAGGAUCCGGAUCGUUGGCAGGUCAAGUCCUUGAAAAUGUCUGUCGAGGGCUAG